UCUCAAGUCUCCAGCCUGAGAGUUUAACUCGGGUUAAUUAGGAACAACCCGCUUUCUUCUUAAACUGAGGGGGCAGUGAGCGCCAGGUGUCCACGAUUGGCUGAUGUAUCCACGCCCACAAAUAUUUUAACAGAAACAGGUGGCUGCGUGUCGCUUCACGGGUAAUUGUUAGGUGUCACUUGGGUCUUGUUAGUGUUAAGUUGUGGAGUCUUUUUUUUAGAUCAGCGGGAUGAACAGACUAAAACCAACAGUAUGGGCAACUGCAAGACCCCUACUCUGUGCCCACCCAAUCCCGAGGCUAAUCGGGGUCAAAAUCUUUGGAGGCAGAACCCCUUUAAAUCGUGGGCAACAGUGGUCCAAGACUAUAGUCACUGGAAGUGCAGUCCACAAGCCACGUGAUGAACUGACAGACAGAGAGACGACUCAUUCACUCGAACAGCGAGGAGCAAUCCAGAGUGGCAUGUUACCAGGGCUUGAAGACCUCCUGUUCUAUACUAUUGCUGAAGGGAAGGACUACAUCCCUGUUCCAAAGUUUAUUAGUGCUAUUAAAGCUACUGGGCUACUGACCUCUGAUCCUCGUCUGAAAGACUGCAUGGAUCUAUUGUACCAGACAGGACAAGAGUCCACCACUGGGGUGAUGCUUGAUCGAAACCUCUUCCGAAAGUGUGUUCAAAGCAACAUUGUCCUUCUGACUCAGGCAUUCCGUAAGAAAUUUGUCAUUCCAGACUUUGAAACCUUCAUUGUACACAUUAAUGAACUGUACAAGAAUGCGAAGAGGCAGACUGGAGGUCAGGUUGCCAACUACAUUCCUCAUCUUGCCAAGAUUAGUCCACAUUUUUGGGGUGUAUCCCUUUGCACAGUAGAUGGACAGAGGCACUCCAUUGGAGAUACAAAGAUCCCAUUUUGCCUACAAUCCUGUAUGAAACCUCUUCAGUAUGCAAUUGCUGUGAAUGAGCUGGGGACAAACUAUAUCCACAAAUUCCUGGGCAAAGAGCCCAGUGGAUUAAAGUUCAACAAACUGUUUUUGAAUGAGAAUGAUAAACCGCACAAUCCAAUGGUAAAUGCAGGUGCUAUUGUCAUCAGCUCACUAAUGAAGCCAGAAAGCAACAAAGCUGACAAAUUUGAGCAUGUAAUGCAUUUCCUUAAUAAGAUGUCAGGGGCUGAGCAUGUAGGAUUCAACAACUCAGUGUUCCAGUCUGAGAAGGAGACAGGAGAUCGUAAUUAUUCCAUUGGAUACUACCUGAAAGAAAAGAAGUGCUUCCCACCAGGAGCUGACAUGAUGGCUGCGCUUGACUUUUACUUCCAGCUUUGCUCCAUUGAGGUUACAUGUGAAUCAGCCAGUGUGAUGGCAUCUACAUUAGCAAAUGGGGGCAUCUGCCCAAUUUCUGGAGAGCGGGUUCUUAGUGCUGAGGCAGUCAGGAAUACACUUAGCCUAAUGCACUCCUGUGGGAUGAAUGACUUCUCUGGCGAGUUUGCAUUUCAGGUGGGCCUACCUGCAAAGUCAGGAAUAUCUGGUGCAAUUCUUCUUGUUGUUCCCAACAUCAUGGGACUGAUGUGCUGGUCACCUCCUGUAGACAAAGCUGGCAACAGCGUGAGAGGCAUCAAUUUCUGUGAGGAACUGGUAUCACUGUUUAACUUCCAUCACUAUGAUAACUUAAGGCAUUUUGCUAGAAAACUCGAUCCUCGCAAGGAAGUUGGAGAAGCCAGGAAUAAAUCGGUGGUAAACCUGCUGUUUGCUGCUUACAGUGGAGACGUGUCAGCAAUAAGAAGGUUUGCUUUAUCGGCAAUGAACAUGGAACAAAGGGACUACGAUUCAAGAACAGCUUUGCACGUGGCAGCUGCAGAAGGAAACACCGAAGUCAUUGAGUUUCUUAUAAAUAUCUGCAGAGUGAAUCCAUUCAUCAAGGACAGGUGGGGUAAUACUCCCCUAGAUGAUGCAAUUCAGUUCAAUCAUCAUGAAGUGGUCGAUCUACUAUCGGAAUACCAGGAGAGGUACAAACUGCUGGGAAUAUCUGAGCCUCCUACUGGCGUUGAAAAUGUCUCCAAGGAAAAUUUAGAAAGUAUGGUGUAACAGUCAUUGAUGCUGGCAAUGUAAAUGACUCUGAGCAAUUGCCAGUAUACAAAAAGGCACCCUUUAUUAUCAGUUGAUUUGUAAGACUGCGGAUUACACGAUGCUGUAUACUUAAAAUACAUGCCAGCACUAAACAUUUAUGAAGGAAGUCCUAAGAUACAGCUGUGAAGAAGAGUGGUUUGUGUGAUUCAUAUUUUUCAUUCAAGAUGCCUCAGUGUCAGAUCUUUAAUGUUGAAGACUACAUUUUCUAAAGUGCUUUCCUUGGCAGGUAUUGUGCAUAUAUUGGUAAUGUCCCAUAGCAGUACACACAUUAGUUACCCAAGUACUAUUUUAGGCCAGAAAUCUCAACUUUCUCUGAACAGUAACUCUGUUAGUUACCACAGUAAUGUCUCUUACCAGGCAUUUCUGUAAUUACCUUAUUAAAAGUCAACAACCUCCUUUAUCUUGCUACAAUUCUAGACCAGCAGCCUGGCAAGUUCUCUAGCUAUUCUCAUUGGACUGGAACCUUGUUACAUAGCUUGUUCUAUAUUAGACCAAAAACCUCAUGAAUACCAGAGUAUUAUUUAAACCAAGGACAUCAUCAGCCAUCCAAAGAAUAUCUCAGGCCAAGUAUGUCAGUAUUAGUUUAUCCUAGUAUUUUAAAGCAGGAAAUCAAAGGCACUGCAAGUUGCUGUAUGCUGAUCAAAGUUAGGAACACUGGCAGCUUUCCAUGCAGUAAAGGCUAAACAGAAUACAGUGAUUUUACUUAUGUGCUGAUGUAGCCACACUUUUUGAUUGCAUUUGUUUACGUUUAUUUGUUUGCAUUAUUUAUUUAGCCUUGCAUUUUUUUCCUGUUCAACUCCCACCCCACACAGCAGUAGAGCAUUGGAGGGCUAAGGCUAUGAGCUGCUAACUAGCAUCACCCUUUAGUCCUGGGUUUGAAUCUCUCAGUCUCCACUUGCAUAUUUUGUAACUGAUAACCUCAUGUACACACACCAGUUUUCCUUAGUCACCCCUGAAAAGAGGUGUUUGUACCUAGUAAGCUUGCUAUGUUGGCAAAUGAAUUUUAAAAACUGAUAACAGCUACAGUGAUUUUACCUCCCUAAACUAUUCACUAAUAAUCUGUAUGUACCUGGAGUUACCCUUUUCUUUUUUUUUCCUGCCCUUUUCUGUUUUAAAGCCAUUUACAGGUACAUGCUUUCUUGAGUGAAAUACCAGAGAAGCAGAUUUAUUGCCUUGCUUUUUAUUUAUUUAUUAUACGUUAACCUCCAUCAUAGACAGACUGAGAGGUAAUGUGAGAAACUGUGUGCAAAGAUAAUUAAUUCACAUAACAGGAACAGCAAAGUCCUUAUAGAACAAGUUACAUUUACUUGGUGCAAAAAUAAAAAUGCUUCUUCCUCAUUGCUAGGUGACUAACCUGGCAGGAUGAUUGUACAGAAACACAAGAGUUUAAGGGAUUACAAUAAAGAAGGUACUCAGUAACAAUCUGAGCAUGCCUUGAUUUCACUGUCAAGAAAUUCUUUUUCAGCCACUGCAGUGAGAGAGAGGGAUAAAACCUGCACUAUGGUCUAGGCAACCGAGCUCAAUUAGCUCCAACACGUAACAGAGCUAGCCGGAGAGGAGGGGGCAGUUCUUGGUUGUCCAUUGCUACAAUCCCAUGGAGGAGGGGCAGUCCUCCAAAAAGUGAUACUGGGUACAGUAUUCAGCCACCAAGCUGCUUCAGCAGUAGCUCUCAACUUGUGUGCAUGGGCAUAUGUAUUAACAUUUAGGAAGGCAUUGUUUUCCUCACAGCAAUGUUGAUUUCUGUCCCCUGUCUGCGUGAUGGCUCUCACCCUUACUGAGGAAUACCCAGGAUGGGGAAGUGAAUGGGCAUGGGUGAUAGGGAGAGGUUUGAUGGUCAACGGGUGCAUGCAUGUCAGUAAUUCAUUCUGUUGUCUGGUGGUGUUCUGGCAGCAGGAAGUGGUAUUGGUAACAGGCAGAGAAAAUUUAUCCUUAAUUAAUUUAGAGGUGAAGCUUUAUUUGUCUCACAGUGAUUGUCACCACACCGCCCCAGUUGCAUAAAGUAUAUGUAGAAGCUAACAAAUGUAACUUCAAAGAUAUACUUAUAAAGGAUAAACUGAGAUUAAAAUGCUCUGUGUUGACGAUAUA